CACACUCUUCAACCUUUUCUACCAACUCAUUCUCUUUGCUCUUCCUGAAAGAAAUGGCAUCCAGUUCAAUGUCAGCCUCAGGCUCAUGGAGUGUCAAGGACAACAAGGCCUUUGAGAAGGCUCUAGCUGUUUACGACAAGGACACCCCUGACCGUUGGUACAAUGUUGCUCAUGCUGUUGGUGGCAAAACUCUAGAGGAAGUGAAGAGACAAUAUGAACUCCUUGUCCAGGAUGUUAAACAUAUUGAAUCAGGACGAGUGGCAUUCCCAAAUUACAAGAAAACUUCAGCCUCUGAUCAGGAGGAGAAUAGGCUGAGGAAUUUGAACCUCCAGUGACCCCAAACAUCCGCAACAACAUCAACUAAUUGAUUUUCUAAUUUUCAUCAACCAACAUCUUCAUCGUCCCUGGUAGUAC